AUGGCCUUGUAUAGACGAAUUGCCAUAAUUGGAGGAGGCCCAGCCGGGCUUACAGCAGCAAAAGCACUAGCAUUAGAACCUUGCAAAUUCACCAUUGACUUGUACGAGAGAAGAGACAAUAUUGGUGGCUUGUGGUACUAUGGUGGUGACAAGACCAAGGUCUUACCUUCAGUGCCAUCAGUGGGACCUGAUUCCCACGAGAUCUUAGAUCCUAACGGCGGAUUCGAAAACAGGUUUUUCUCGCCUAUGUACGAUCAGCUUGAGACAAACAUUAUCAGCCGGUUGAUGAAAUACAAUCGGUUAAGUGGGGCUCACUUUACCACUGAUAUCAAGGAAUAUCCGGGUCGGAGCCAGGUGCUCGACUACAUUCAUGAGUACAAAAAGACAAUCCCGCAGGCUGCCAACUUUCAUUUCAACAGGAAUAUUAAGAAGAUAGUGAAGAACGAAGACGAAUGGUCAGUGACCGUUGAGGAUUCAAUUUCUUUGGCGCAAGAGACCAAAACGUUUGACGCUGUCAUUAUUGCCAAUGGCCACUUUGAAAUACCCUUUAUUCCAGAUGCUCCAGGUCUAGCAGAAUGGGCCAAACAGGACCCUCAUUCUGUCAUUCACGCCAAGUACUUCAAAGAUGGUGCCCCUUUUAGAGAUAGAAAUGUUAUUGUCGUUGGCGCCUUCACAAGUGGUAUCGAUCUUUCUACUCAAAUAAGCACUGUGGCUAAGAAUACGUAUGUGAGUGUCAAAGAUGACCCCAAGGACCACGACAACAAGAACGAGGCAGUGACUAUGCUACCACUCAUCACGCUGUAUGACUAUGCCACGAGGACUGUGAAAUUAGUAGACGGGCGAGAGAUAAGCGACAUUGAUGAUAUCGUUUUUUGCACGGGAUACCUAUACUCCUAUCCAUUCUUGAAGGACUACUUGCCACAUUUGACCGAUGGUCUCCAGGUGAAGGAUAUCUACCUCCAGCUCUUCCGUGUAAAUGAUCCUUCAAUUGCCUUCAUUGCCCUUCCAAAGGAAGUUGUACCUAUGCCAUUGUCUGAAGCUCAAAUGGCUGUAGUUGCAAGAGUUUACAGUGGUCGCUUACAUCUUCCUGAUGAACAGAAGAGGAGAGAGGCGUACGAGAAAGAAGUGGCUGAAAAAGGAGCUGGAAAGAAAUUUCACUCGCUCAAGACACCCAAAGACAUUAAAUACUGCAAAUUGCUUUACAAUUGGAUUCAAGAGGAGGGUCUCCUUGACGAAGGAUUAGUGCCGUCUUCAUGGGGUGAGCAGAGAGUGAAGGAUAGAAAGAAUACAAAAGCUGACAAGGAUGCAAGGCAAGAAGUCAUUCUCAAGCAUGCUGCAAAACUUAGAAAAGAACACCUUGUGUUCAAGUUGCCCGAACGUGAAAAUGAACGGUAA